AUGGCCACGAACAAGAUGUUGACCGGUCUCCGGGACAACUUUAGUUUGCUUGGUGAGAAGAAUAAGAUAUUGGUUGCCAACAGAGGUGAGAUUCCAAUUAGAAUUUUUAGAUCAGCCCAUGAGCUAUCAAUGAGAACUGUAGCCAUUUAUUCACAUGAAGAUAGACUAUCCACACAUAGAUUAAAAGCAGAUGAAGCCUAUGUUAUCGGAAAGGAAGGUGAAUAUACUCCAGUCGGUGCAUACUUAGCAAUUGAUGAAAUUAUUGAUAUUGCUAAAAAACACGGUGUAGACUUCAUUCAUCCAGGUUAUGGUUUCCUCUCAGAGAAUGCUGAGUUUGCUGAUAAAGUUCAAAAAGCCGGCAUUACUUGGAUUGGUCCUCCCCCAGAAGUUAUCGAAUCUGUCGGUGACAAAGUCUCAGCUAGAAACUUGGCAGCUAAGGCUAAUGUUCCCACUGUGCCAGGUACUCCAGGCCCAAUUGAAACUGUUGAAGAAGCACAAGAUUUUGUUAAUAAAUAUGGGUAUCCUGUCAUUAUUAAGGCUGCUUACGGUGGUGGUGGUAGAGGUAUGCGUGUUGUGAGAGAAGGAGACGAUGUUGCUGAUGCAUUCCAACGUGCUAAAUCCGAAGCUAUAACGGCAUUCGGUAAUGGUACUUGUUUUGUUGAAAGAUUUUUAGAUAAGCCAAAGCACAUUGAAGUUCAACUACUUGCCGAUAAUCAUGGCAAUGUAGUCCAUUUGUUUGAAAGAGAUUGCUCCGUGCAACGUAGACACCAAAAAGUUGUGGAAGUUGCACCAGCUAAAACUUUACCACGUGAAGUUAGAGAUUCCAUUUUGACAGAUGCGGUUAGAUUAGCAAAGGAAGCUGGUUACAGAAAUGCUGGUACAGCGGAAUUUUUAGUUGAUAACCAAAACAGGCAUUACUUCAUCGAAAUUAACCCAAGAAUUCAAGUCGAGCACACCAUCACUGAAGAAAUUACUGGUAUAGAUCUUGUUUCUGCUCAAAUUCAAAUAGCUGCUGGUGCUUCUUUGCCACAACUAGGUUUACUACAAGACAGAAUCACUACCCGUGGUUUUGCAAUUCAAUGUCGUAUCACCACAGAAGAUCCUGCAAAAAAUUUCCAGCCUGAUACUGGUAGACUGGAGGUUUACCGUUCGGCUGGUGGUAACGGUGUCAGAUUAGAUGGUGGUACUGCUUAUGCAGGUGCUGUUAUUUCACCACAUUAUGAUUCCAUGUUGGUGAAAUGUUCUUGUUCUGGUUCUACUUAUGAAAUUGUUCGUCGUAAGAUGCUUCGUGCACUAAUCGAAUUUAGAAUUAGAGGUGUUAAAACUAAUAUUCCUUUCUUGUUGACAUUAUUGACUCACCCUGUUUUCAUUAGUGGUGAUUACUGGACAACAUUCAUCGAUGAUACUCCUCAACUAUUCCACAUGGUCUCAUCCAGGAACAGAGCCCAAAAGCUACUUCAUUACCUUGCUGAUUUGGCUGUUAACGGAUCCUCAAUUAAAGGUCAAAUUGGUGAACCUAAAUUAAAGACUCACCCACAGAUUCCUCGUUUACAUGAUGAGGAUGGAUCUCCAGUCGACGUGUCUGUUCCACCACAAAAGGGUUGGAGAUAUUUAUUACAGUCGGAAGGACCAGAGGCAUUUGCCAAGGCUGUUAGACAUAAUCAAGGCACACUAGUUAUGGACACUACCUGGAGAGAUGCACACCAGUCUUUAUUGGCUACAAGAGUUAGAACUUACGAUCUAGCUGCCAUUGCUCAAACAACCGCACAUGCAUUUGCUGGUGCAUUUGCUUUAGAAUGUUGGGGUGGUGCCACAUUUGAUGUUGCUAUGAGAUUCUUACAUGAAGAUCCGUGGGAACGUUUAAGAAUAUUGAGAAAACUCGUUCCUAAUAUUCCAUUCCAAAUGCUUCUCCGUGGUGCCAACGGUGUUGCAUACUCUUCUCUACCUGACAACGCUAUUGACCAUUUUGUUAAGCAAGCUAAGGAUAACGGUGUUGAUAUUUUUAGAGUAUUCGAUGCUCUGAAUGAUUUGGAACAAUUAAAAGUUGGUGUGGAUGCUGUUAAGAAGGCUGGAGGUGUUGUGGAAGCCACUGUUUGUUACUCCGGUGACAUGCUUCAACCAGGUAAGAAAUAUAAUUUGGAUUACUAUUUGGAUGUCACAGAAAAGAUUGUUGCUAUGGGUACUCAUAUACUAGGUAUCAAAGAUAUGGCUGGUACUAUGAAACCAGCCGCUGCUAAACUUUUGAUUGGGGCUAUUAGGGCGAAAUUCCCUGAUCUACCUAUUCACGUGCACUCUCACGAUUCUGCAGGUACCGCCGUGGCCUCUAUGGCUGCUUGUGCCCUUGCUGGUGCUGAUGUUGUUGAUGUUGCUAUCAAUUCUAUGUCGGGUUUGACUUCUCAAGCGUCUGUUAAUGCUGUUUUGGCUUCUCUUGAUGGCCAAAUCGAUACUGGUAUCAAUGUUAAACAUGUCUGUGAACUGGAUGCAUACUGGGCUGAAAUGAGAUUAUUAUACUCUUGUUUUGAAGCAGACCUAAAAGGUCCAGAUCCAGAAGUUUAUGAUCAUGAAAUUCCAGGUGGUCAAUUGACUAACUUAUUGUUCCAGGCCCAACAAUUGGGUUUGGGUGAGAAAUGGAUUGAAACUAAAAAGGCAUAUAAACAAGCCAAUCAACUGUUGGGUGAUAUUGUCAAGGUUACCCCAACUUCAAAGGUUGUUGGUGAUUUGGCCCAGUUCAUGGUUAGCAACCAAUUAACACCAGAUGACAUCAGACGUCUAGCAAAUUCAUUAGAUUUCCCAGAUUCAGUGAUGGAUUUCUUCGAAGGCUUGAUGGGCCAACCAUAUGGUGGAUUCCCAGAACCUCUAAGAACAGAUAUAUUGAAGAAUAAGAGAAGAAAGCUAAACCGUCGUCCAGGCUUAGAAUUGGCACCAUUCGACUUAGCUAAGAUUAGAGAGGAUCUUGAAGCCAGAUUUGGUGAUAUUAACGAAUGCGAUGUUGCUUCCUACAACAUGUACCCAAAGGUUUACGAAGACUUCCAAAAGAUUCUUGAAGAAUAUGGUGACUUGUCUGUAUUGCCAACCAGAAACUUCUUGGCAAAGCCAAGAGUUGGUGAGGAAAUUGAAGUACACAUUGAACAAGGUAAGACUUUAAUAAUAAAACUGCAAGCUGUCGGUGAUUUGAACGAAGAAACCGGUAUCAGAGAGGUCUAUUUUGAACUGAAUGGUGAAACAAGAAAGAUUCGCAUCGCAGAUAAGUCUCAAGUGGUCCAAACAAUUGCUAAGCCUAAAGCAGACGGUCAUGAUCCACUACAGAUUGGCGCUCCAAUGGCUGGUGUCAUUGUUGAAGUCAAGGUACACAAGGGGUCUCAAGUUAAAAAGGGCCAACCAGUUGCUGUUCUAAGUGCAAUGAAGAUGGAGAUGGUGAUCUCAUCUACAGGUGAAGGCCUUGUCAAAGAUGUUCUAGUCAAAGAUGGUGAAAAUGUCGAUGCAAGCGACCUAUUGGUUGUUUUAGAAGAAGAGGUAAAGGACGAAUAA